AUGGUCAAACUGGAAUUGCAAUUUAACAAAAAUUGUUAUGGGAGUGUUCAGAUAAUGACGCUCCCGUCAUUUAUAGCAAGGAAGUUGAAACCCUAUAAAGAUGGGAUUAAAUCCUGUAUUUCUCAGAUAUAUUAUACACAUGGGUUAUUCUGUGCUAGUCAUCCCUAUUCUAUUAUAACUGGUGUUAUUAUAACUGUCAUGAUAAUAUGUUAUCCUCUAGCAAACCGUCCACAUCCUGGCAAUGCUCCAGUAAAAUAUACCACACCAUUGUCAGGUUAUACUGUACCACCGCGAGUUCAACCACUAGUUAAAUCAUCAGAAAGACAUUUAUCAUAUCCUAGAUGGUAUGUCGGUAAACCAGAGGGAUAUAUUCAACAAAUAGUCGUUAAAGCCACUGUAUCGCCAUGGAAACCAUCUAAGUUAACAUUGACCGACUCUAUACGAGCACCUGUAUCUCUUGUAUUUCAAAUAUUAGAUGCUGUUAAUAACUUUCAGACAGAAGUAAGAGGAGAAGAGUUGUCUGUUGCUGAUAUAUGUCUGCGUGUAUCUGAGGUGGUCACAAAAGGCAAAGUUAAAGGGAUGUUACCUGAAUAUUCCUGUCUUAUUUUAUCACCAGCUAAUCUGUGGCAGAACCAAGAAAAUAGAUUUACUAAUGAUGGAGAUAUUUUAAAAACUAUUUAUAGAAGAUAUGGUCAGGCAUUAGAAACACCACCAAACUUAAAAGAUUUGUUGUUUGGUGUACCGUGGGGUAAUACAGGUAUAUCAAGAUAUUUUAGUAGGACUAAAGAAAGACCUAUCAUGUUUGCUAUUACUAUAAUAACUAAAAAAUAUGAUCCCAGUUUUACGCAAACCUUAAGGAUGAAGUUAGAAUCACUAUUUCCAGAAACAUCGGAGAAUGUAAACAACACAGAAAAGCAACAUAUUGUACAUUUUCAUUAUAAAGAUAUAGAUUAUGUUGCUGAAUAUACCUAUUUAUUUGUGGCCUAUUUUGCUGGAUUUCUUUAUCUGUAUUUCUCUGCAAAAAAGAUUGAAAUGGUCAAGUCAAAAUGGGGUUUAGCUGUAAGUGCUGUUGCCAUGGUGAUCGCGUCAUUAUUAGUAUCUGUUAGUAUUUGUACAUUAUUUGGUAUGAGACCACAACUAAAUGGAAGUGAAAUUUUCCCCUAUCUUGUUAUAAUUAUUGGUGUAGAAAAUGUGGUUGUAUUAACUAAAUCUAUAGUUUCAACUCCAGUACAUUUAGAUGUUAAAAUUAGGGUGGCACAAGGUCUGAGUAAAGAAGGAUGGUAUAUAACAAAGAAUUUAUUUUUAGAGCUAGUUAUUAUUUUAAUAGGAUUAUUUACAUAUGUACCAGCAAUACAGGAAUUCUGUUUAUUUGCUGUUGUUGGUAUUUUAUCUGAUUUUUGUUUACAAGUUUUUUUCUUUGUCACUGUUUUAUCAGUUGAUAUUAGAAGAAUGGAGCUGACAGAUCUCCACAAACAGAGGGUCUUACAAUCAGUCAAAGAAAAUGAUGCUGCUGUUCAGAUAGAACCAUUAUACCACUGUCCUGUAGCUGGUCAUAUAAAAUCAUCAUCAAAAACACAUAGCGCUAAGUCAGUUCCAAAUCUAGAUCUGAAGGACAUGAAUUUGAGUGGCAAGUCUAUAACUCCGCCGCCUUCACCUGGAGCAGACGACACAUUUUUCCCUUCACCUGCCAUCUUGGAAUUACCCAGACGUCUCAAGUUUCUCUACUUCUGGGCAAAGACCAGAAUGUUCCAAAGAAUGAUCAUGUUCUGCACCUUUGUUUGGAUUGUGCUGAUAUUUUAUAAAACAGGAUUGGUGGAUAAAUUAACCAAUCAGAAUCAUCCAACAGUUUCACCUCCGACCUCUACUGCUGAUUCGCUAUUGAAAGAUGAGAUGAUGGAUUUACCUACUACAAAAUUUGCCAAUGAAGGCCUUUGGGGAAUGGGGCGUGCAUUUGUAUAUGAUGAUCUGAUUGGUCCAGUAGAACAUACAGAGCUAGAACUAUUUAACGAUUUAUCUUAUGAUCAUUGGCCAACUUUAUUUGGUCAUUACAACAUUAGUCUGUUUGGACAUUAUGUUAGUAUUUUACCCACAAUUCACCUGUCAUCUACCAUUAAUCCAGACAUGGCUGUCAAUUUGAGGCAUUCAUCUGACAGCCAAUCACUGAAGGAUUUACAUUCAGAAGACACCAGUAAACCAAUCAAACAGGCAGACACAUUAACAGAUGAAGCUGCAGAUGAUAUUUCUCACUACAUGCAUAUGUAUGACCCAGAGCAACUCAAGCUGUACUACCCCAAAUCUCAGAAAGAAUUUUUUAUAACUGUGUGUUUUGCCAUUUUGACCGUCAUAGUAAUCACAUAUUUUAUGGUAGUCAUGUAUAAAUGUAUGUGUUCAAGAAAUUAUGCUAAAUGGCGGACAUCUUGGAAUAAGUUUAAACGUCAACGCAGAUCAACUAAUAGAUUCAUAAAGGAAUCCAUUCCACUAGUUCUUAAAGGGCACAGUCAGGAUAUUGAAUGUUUAUUGGCUGAUGUACAGAUUAUUAUUAGUGCCUGUCUUGGUGGUGAACUUCGUGUUUGGGAUUCCAACUCUGGUGAAUUGAUAUCUACUCUUCAUAGAAAUAGCAUCACUCCUCCAAGAAGAAGAAAGCCAUGUCUAGGUAGAAACAUUGAAGAUAGUGAUGCUGAUCUUUAUGCUGAAUAUCAUGGUGACAGUUUUGGUUUAGACUCGACAGGAUCCUCUGAGACUAGUCUCUCAGACAAAUCAGGAAGCUUGGAACAUUCCAGAAAAUUUAUUUUUGAUAACGAGCCAGAUUUAUCGAGUACAAUUUGCUGCGACUUCAAGACUCCUGAUCCAAAAGUAUCGAAAGAAAUUCCCACAGAUGGACAAAUAGGCUACGAUUUCCAGUCACGAUUUGGGAAAGUUUAUGAAGAACAUUGGCAACUGGUGAACCAAGUUGAACCCAUGCCGUCUGCUAGAGACAGUCGAAUUAAGAGUCAGGAAUCUUCUAUCAAUACCAGUGGAAGUACAGAUUGGGAAAAUAGUUUACGAACUCGAAGCUGGAGUGCAGGAGAUUCACCAUUCUCUGGUACAGUAAUGGGUCCACCAUCAGCUAUAUGGUGUCUAGCUAGUGAUGAAGGUCUGGUUGUAGUUGGGUGUGGUAAUGGAAGGGUAGAGGUUUGGGAAGCUGAAUCUGGUCUGUUUAAAUGCCAGUAUGAAAUGAAGACGUCUGGUGUUACAGCUUUGUCCUUUUCUGGCAAAAGUGUAAUUGUUGCUAGAUUAGAUGGUAGUAUAGAUUUUUUACAUAUUGAGACAUUUCAUAACCCUGUACCACAAGAUGAACUCCGAAAACAAUUAGGUCAUGUAAGAAGUAUGAGUGAAGUGAAAACCAAUGAUAUCAUGUUACGUCUUGUCUGUCAAUCAUCUGUCAAAGCUCAUCAACGUCCAAUCAACUUUUUACAAUCAUCUGGUGGGCGUGUAGUAUCAGCAUGUCAAGACCACACCCUCAAGGUUUUCCGUAUGGAAGAUUGUUUGUGUCUGUAUACGUUUUAUGGUCACGAAGGCAGCAUUACAGCUUUAUAUUUGGACAAAUUACCACCAUAUGGUUGUGUAAGUGGAUCAACAGAUAAAUGUAUUAGAUUAUGGGAUUUAGUCAUGGGAUCCUGUUUAAAUAUUUUAACUGGUCAUGAAGGUACAGUAUGUAAUAUCAGCUGUACCGUACAUCAUGUAAUAAGUAUUGGAGUUGAUGAUAAACUGUGUAUUUGGGAUCGUUAUAAAGGCUUUCUACUUCAUUCCAUUACAGUGGAGAAUUGUUGUGGUAGUAAUUUAUGUUUAUUUAGUAAUUCUGUGUUUAUCUGUUUACAGGAGAAUUGUUGUGGUAGUAAUUUAUGUUUAUUUAGUAAUUCUGUGUUUAUCUGUUUACAGGAGAAUUGUUGUGGUAGUAAUUUAUGUUUAUUUAGUAAUUCUGUGUUUAUCUGUUUACAGGAGAAUUGUUGUGGUAGUAAUUUAAGUUUAUUUAGUAAUUCUGUGUUUAUCUGUUUACAGGAGAAUUGUUGUGGUAGUAAUUUAAGUUUAUUUAGUAAUUCUGUGUUUAUCUGUUUACAGGAGAAUUGUUGUGGUAGUAAUUUAUGUUUAUUUAGUAAUUCUGUGUUAUCUGUUUACAGGAGAAUUGUUGUGGUAGUAAUUUAUGUUUCUGAAGACAAACUAUACCUCUGUGAUAUUGUUAAAGGUAAAAUUAUACGACAAGUUCAGUUCAGUGAUUCUGACCAGGUUGGGUUUGUCAGGAAAAUACAGGCCAUUGGUAAUAUGAGUAUUGUAUGUGACUUCGGAAAAGAUCUUCAGAUAAUUCAUUUCCCCACCAUUUUAGAGAAGAGAGAAUGAGAAACAUGGGGUCGGCUUGAUUAGUGAGUUCUGCAUGUUCAGAACGCGUUCCAUGUGUCGCAAACAUAGUAGAUGCAGACAGAAUUCAAAAUGGCAGAGAGGAAAAUAGAUUAGAUAGAUAGAAAUAGAUGGCGGAGAAAUUUGAAUGUGACGUAUCUGCAUUCAUACUUUGAUUGGGGGCAGAAUUGGAACAGACAGAACCUGUUCGGAACUCCCCAAUUGAGCGCCACCCUGAUGUUAGAUAAAAGUAUAAGUGGUCUGUGUCUGAAAAUAUCUUGACAAUAGAAAUGUUAGUAGUCUUAGUCCAAAUUUUUUUACUUGGAUCUUGAGCUUCAAAAACAUUUCCCUGUAUUUGCCAUUCAUGAGUAACAGACUGAAACUGUGAUGUUUAAGACAUUUAACAACAUAAAAAUAACAUUCAUUAUAUAAAAAUCAUGUUUAAAACUGCUGAGUUUCCAUCAACCAUAAGCAUGUCCUGCCUCUUUAGUACCUACAUGAACAAAAGUUAGGUGUUCCUUACAUCAUUCGCUAUGGCCAACAAAACUCAUAAUUGUUAUGUUAGUAGACAAAAGUUAAUUAUUAAGUUUAAUGAUAUGAUGUCAAAACCAGACGGAUUAAAAUUUUGUUCCGUUUUUUAUUAGCAUUUAUUUUUAAUAUAGCAGUAAGGGUCUAAAGACGGCUGGCCUUCUUG